AUGAAAUCUAGAAUUUGAGAAUGAGAUAGGCAUGAUAUCUAGUUUACAACACCCGAAUGUUGUUAGAUUGUAUGGAGCUUGUGUUGAAGGAAAUCAACUGUUCUUGGUAUAUGAAUACAUGGAAAACAAUAGUCUGGCUCGUCCUUUGUUUGGUCCAGAGCAAUACCAAUUAAAAUUGGACUGGCCUACAAGGCAAAAAAUAUGCGUUGGCAUUGCAAGAGGCCUAGCUUUCUUGCAUGAGGAAUCAACACUGAGAAUUGUUUACAGAGACAUUAAAAUUUCAAAUGUCAACCCAAAGAUUUCUGACUUUGGUUUGGCCAAGCUCGAUGAAGAGGAAAACACCCAUAUCAGCACUCGAGUUGCUGGAACCAUAGGAUACAUGGCACCAGAAUAUGCAUUAUGGGGUUAUUUAACAUAUAAAGCAGAUAUCUAUAGUUUUGGGGUUGCUUCGUUGGAAAUUGUUGCGGGGAAGAGCAACAUGAAAUUUCGACCAAAUGAAAGUUAUUUUCUCUUCUUGAUUGGGCUCUUGUUUUACAACAAAAGGGUAAUCUAUUGGAGCUAGUGGAUCCAAAGUUAGACUUCAAGUUCAACAAGGAGGAGGCAAUUAGAAUGAACAAAGUAGCUUUACUAUGUACAAAUCCAUCUCCAACUCUUAGACCCACAAUGUCUGCAGUAGUAAGCAUGCUCGAAGGCCAAACAGCUGUUAAUGAAGCUAUUAUGGAUCCAAGCAUAUAUGGAGACGAUUUCAAGUUUAAAGCUUUAAGAAAGUAGUUCGAUCAGAUCCAGCAUGAAUCGAUGGACUCAAUUGGAGCUGAGAGCCGUAAUCGUUCGUUAUGUGCAACGUGGACGGGAACUUCUUCUACGUCUGCCCAGGAUCUUUAUGAUCCACAUUAUCUUGAUACUCAGUAAUGGUCACAAAAUAUUUUCUCCCUCAUGCAAAAUGUUUGUUGUAAUAAAUUAGUGACUAUUUGCUUCAGCAAUCCACAGUGCUAAGGAACAUCUGCUAAUUUCAUUAUAACUGAAAAUAUAAAGAUAAACAUAUGUGCAGCUAGCUUGCUAUGUGGAAUCAAGAAAAUAAUAUAUAAUUUUGUUAUUAAGAGAA